GACAGCCACUACAUCUCGCUAUGUUGCUUAGCCCUUAAUCUGCCGAAAAUUCGUAAAGAACUUCGGUCUCUUCAAUGGCUUCAAUUCUACGCCAGAUCGUAGCUGGACCUCGCGCCAGGCACCCCGAAGCUGGCCUGGACUUGUGCUAUGUCACAGAUAACAUCAUCGCGACGUCAGGCCCCAGCGGUACUUACCCACAACGCGCUUACCGCAAUCCACUCGAUUCCCUCGUAAAGUUCCUCGAUUCAAAACAUGGCGAGGACUGGGCAAUAUGGGAGUUUCGUGCCGAAGGGACGGGCUAUCCAGAUUCAGAAGUCUACAAUCGCGUAUACCACUACCCCUUUCCUGACCACCACCCGCCACCCUUCGCUCUCAUACCGAACAUCAUGGCGAGCAUGCGCAAUUGGCUACAUGAGAAAGAGGGACGAGUCGUCGUGGUACACUGCAAAGCUGGGAAAGGACGAUCAGGAACAGCGAGCUGCAGUUACCUCAUCAGCGAGGAGGGCUGGACUAUGCACAAGGCGCUACAACGCUUCACCGAGCGGCGCAUGCGACCAGGCAUGGGAAAGGGAGUCAGCAUUCCUAGCCAACUACGAUGGCUAGGAUACGUCGACCGCUGGGCGCAGCAUGGCAAGAUAUACGUGGAGAGGCAGGUCGAAAUACUAGAAGUGCACUGCUGGGGCCUGCGAGACGGUGUCAAGAUUCAAGUGGAGGGCUUCGUCGAGGAUGGCAAGCUGAUCAAGAACUUUCACACUUUCACAAGAGAGGAGAGGGAGGUCGUAAGAGGCGAGGUCAAGAAGACUGGCAUGGCACAAGCAGUAUCCGAGGUCAUGUAUAAGAACGGACUGGGUGGCUCGGCCAGCAACUCCAGUAAAAAGGAUACGAAAGAUUCGCCACAGGAAGGUGGGACCGAGGACGUAAGGGACGCCAGCAAGCCCUCGAUGGACAAGCAGGCGAGCCCCAACGGCGCUGUGUCGAGACGCAGUUCGGGCGAGAGCCUCCCUACAGGUACUGGCGACGUUGUCUUUCGACCCUCAAAGCGUGUCGUUCUACCUACAAAUGACAUCAAUAUUGACGUUGAGCGCCGCAACCAUGCCGCCUUUGACCUCACUAUGGUUACAGCCGUUGCCCACGUAUGGUUCAACGCCUUCUUCGAAGGCCACGGUCCCGAGCAGGGCGGGAUUGGUGACGACUCUGGCGUCUUUGAGAUUGAGUGGUUAGCCAUGGACGGUAUCAAAGGCUCAUCGCGGAAAGGCACCCAGGCCUUCGAGCGAAUCGCAAUAGUGUGGCGCACACUCGGCAUCGACGAAGGAUCGACUGGAAAGAUCAUCACCGAGCCAAAAGAAGGUGAGGAAGUGCGGCAAACAGGUCCAGUGGACUGGAAGGGUACCAAAGGCGUGGAGCCAAGCGAAGACAAGGACCUGGGUCUCCGCAAAGCAAGCCCGCCCAAUUCGACCACAAACGUCAGCAAAGCCAACAGCAUUCGCGACGAAAAUGAGCAGAACAAGCCUUUUGUUACAGUACCAGGGCGACGAGAUAGCGGCGAUAGUGAUACAAGACAUGUUCGACCGCAUGGCCCGAAUGGCGAAACAACCAUCCAAGAUCCGAUUGUAGACACCAGCGGAAGCGGAAGCGGAUCGGGGAAUUUUGCAUUGCCAAGCCAGGUUGACGGCACGAAUGCAGACUUGCGAUCACAAGAGCAGGCCAUCGAGUCUCACAAGAGCGGGGGUCAUUUUGGGGGGACAGUACAAGACCUGAAAUAUCAUGUUUCGGGCGCCGCUUCGACAAGUGACUUGCCCGAUGGACGACCAGAAAAUGAAAUGAAGGAUGCGAAAGACCAUGGUCUCGGGCAUCUGACCUUGGGUAAGAAGAAGACAAGCUCGUAGUGAGCCGAGCCACUCGUAGACAACUAUGCAACUACGCGAGGACCCCACGUAGGUAGCAUGGCAAUGUGCAAUACGGGUCGAGGACGCAAUGCGAAGGUUCCGGAUUAGAGUAUCACAUGGUUGCACGACGCAUUGGCUUUUGAGCAUGGAAUUACAGGCUUUGGAUCUUGUCACUGGUUGCUCUUCUUGCUUUUGUUUGUACAUAGAUAUACCACUUUGUUCUUGUUGAGAUUUCCAG